UGGACUUAACCUUGAAGUGUCUCAGCAGCGCCCUCGACCCCAGUGCGGCUAAGCGGUGAGAGGUGGCCCCAAGGGGGCAUAGGAGGGUAGGGAAUCAUUUUGUCUCCACAGACUCCCAGUUUCCUCCGACCUGGGGUUUUUGGACCCCAGCGGCAGAACCCAACUCCCGCCACAGCCAAGCUUGGCUCGGAAGGCCUGGCCCUGGUUGGCAGCCCCUAAGCUGAUUGUAGGCUGAGAGAAGGUGGACAUGGCUUGCAGGGGCUGUACUCAACCCAGGGGCCUGGUCCGGGCCCUGCAACUGACCCUGGCAUGGAUCCUGCUAAGGGCCUGUGGAGGGGGCCAUUCACUCCCCAUUAGGUCCCAGAGACACCAUAGGCUGGUGGCUGAUCUGAGCACAGGCCAGCUGCACCGAGCAGAGGUGGACACACCAGAGGCACUGGACCCUGGAAUCUUCUCAGAGGGCUGUGGGGAGCCCAGCCCUGGGUGCAAAUCCUUCCUGGAACACCUCCAAGUUGCCCUCCGCAGUCGUUUCCGCUUCCAGCUAUUGGGGAUACACCAGACACAGUCGCUCUGCGCGGAGCUCUGCCAUGUCUGGUUUGCCACCUGUAAAAGUGAUAUCACCUGUGGCCCGACUUGGCUGCCACUCCUAGAAAAGAGAGACUGCAACCUUGAUUGCAGAACCUAUGGCCAGACCUUCACUGACGGAGUGGACCUUUGCCGCUCGGUUCUUGGCUUUGCACUGCCGGUGGCUGUUCCUGGCGCUGGUCACUGCCUCAACAUUUCCAUCUCGGUGCUUCCACAUCCCAGACAGGGACGGAGGGCCCGGGAAACCACCUUCCUGACCUCCCGCCACCCUCACACCUGGAUUGGGGAGGCUACAGGCAGCGGGAGUGGCAGUGGAAGCGGCAGUGGCCCCUAGAGACACUGUGCUUAGAUGGGAGACAGAUCCCUGUACCCCCACCCCCCUGCCCGGCUGGCCCCUCUAGACACUCAGAACUCUACCCUCUCUCCCUCUCAGCCCUGUCCCUCCUCCCUGGAGCCCCAGACUCCAGAUUAUUAGAAAAACAAGCCAACUCUAGCUCAUUUCCCCCUUCCCUCCACCCUGGAAUAAAGUCAUCUACUAGAGCAAA